UUGGAACCCACAGAUAGCUAUAUGUGGAUUCUCUCCACGUCCGCGAUGCCUCUUUGUAUUGCUGUGGGAGGCGGGUCCGACUGGAACGUGGAUGGAUGGCUGGGCGAGUUCUGGGCGUGUGCCUCUGUUUUAUCCUGUCGGAUUCCGAAACGCUGUAGCUCUGACGGACCGGCUCACCUCGGCCUGGCCAGGCCCGGCCCAGCUCAGAGCCGAUCAGAGCUUCAGACAGAGACGGAGACACCGGGCGGGCUGGGGGAUGCACAGCCGUGCAUGAUCACACAGGCGCCUUUGUGCCCAGUCUGUCGUGUGUUUUGGAUUUGCCGUGGCUUGUCCCCCAGCAAGCAGAGCUGGUGAAGCGGGUGGACCGAAGUUUUGAGCCAGCGGAGGAAGAGAGACCCAGACCCCGCCCGUCAACAGCUUCCUCGCGAAGAGAGAGAUGAACCCACGACCACAGCUGUCACGCAGGAUAAAGAAGAGGUAAUCUACAUGGAGAUAAGAAAAGAACUGCCCGGAGAUCAAAAAUAAAUAUGAGAAAACAAGAGGAGAAGACAUGGAGCUAAAUAAAUGGGAAAGUUAAAGGAAAGUUAAGGAGGUUUAUUGUUCAUUGAAGGAGAAUUAACGUCCAAUGGAACUGAAAACAGAAAGUGGUAAAAGAAAGCCACAAAGACCCAAAGAACAGAAGAACUACAUAUGAAAGCAGCUAAAAGCUGAGGCGAAAAAGGUGGCUGAUUAGCUGAAAGACAGAAGAGACAUCUGGAUGAGCUCUCCGGGUGCAGGCAGCAGGUCCUCUGCCCUACAAAGAUGGCCUCUAACUUCAGUGACAUCGUCAAGCAGGGCUACGUACGAAUGCGGAGUCGGAAGCUUGGGAUCUAUCGGCGCUGCUGGCUUGUGUUUAAGAAGUCAUCGAGCAAAGGACCUCGUCGUCUUGAGAAAUACCCUGAUGAGAAGGCUGCUUACAUCAGAACUUGUCCCAAAGUGACAGAAAUUAGUAAUGUCAAGAACAUCACCCGGUUACCUCGAGAUACCAAGCGACACGCAGUAGCCAUUUUGUUUACAGAUGACUCCUCACGCACCUUCACCUGUGAAUCAGAGCUGGAGGCAGAGGACUGGUUCAAGAUGCUGUCUAUUGAGUGUCUUGGUAUUCGACUGAAUGACAUCAGUAUGGGAGAACCUGACCUGCUGGCUGCUGGAGUACAGUGUGAACACACAGAGCGCUUCAAUGUGUUCCUCCUUCCCUGUCCAAACCUGGAUAUCUACGGGGAGGGUAUGAUGCAGAUAACCCAUGAGAACAUAUACCUGUGGGACAUCCACAACCCUCGCACCAAGCUGAUUACCUGGCCCCUCUGCUCUCUCCGGCGCUAUGGACGUGAUGCCACUCGCUUCACUUUUGAAGCCGGACGGUGAGACCUGGAAGGGCUGACAGUGGCAAAAAGUAGGCGAGAUAUAUAUGUUAUUACUGAACUUAUCCAUAUAAUCACAGUUUCCAAACUAUAUGUUGGAGUAGAGAUACUGAAAUGAUUGUGUAGGCACUGCCCAUUGUUAUAGCACUUUAAAAGUGUGUGUAUAUAUGAGAUUUCUGUGGUAUGCAUGCACUAUUCACUGAUGUGGGCAUCCAUAAACACAGAAUUGUAACUACUUGACUUUGUAACUUCUUGACUUUUUAAGAAAAGGAUAUUGAACCCUUGAGUGACACUUUAUCAUGUUUGAUUAGCUAAUGCAAAAGAUCAAAGAUUAAAGCCACGUUUAAAAUAAAAGACAAGUGACACUUUUAUUUCGUUAGACAUUUUUGGAACAUCUUCAGAUUUCAGCAAAGGGGAUUUAAAUUC